UUCUAAGUCUGGCAACAUCGAAAUUUGUAAUGUCAAAUUUUUAUUGUCGCAAAAAUUUCAGUCAUUAUUUUCGUAUUUUAUUACGUGAUUACAAAUAGCCCGUAAAAAAAACAAAAUUGGUCUAAAAUACAGUCCGGGGGUGAACGCCGGCCGUCCGUCGUUUCGGCUGUGGUCAUCAAAUUGUGUGUGCUAACGUGUGCAAAGGGUAGCAUAAAUGAAUUAUGUCGUUGAGGUCGAAGGCGCUGGCUCUAGUGGAGGUGCUUCUGCGAGUGCCGCCUCUGUUUGUGGUGGAUGAGUUCUUGAAGAUCAGCCUGGGGCUGCCGGUGACGAGCGGCGAGGAGGUGUCGAUCCUGAGCAACAUCACGGUGGACCACAUCGACCUGCUGAACGAUGUUGACGGGACGUAUUACGAUUCGAACUUCUACAACGCUUUCUUCUUCACAUUCCUCAAGUUCCUCAUCUGCUGCCUAGGAUGUAUGUCGGCACUAUGCAUAUUCGUGCUCUACACGAAGCAUCUCAUCAUAGUGUACCUCUACCUCAUGUCCGUGGGCUUAGUCUUCGUCUCGUACUGGACCAAUGUAUCCGCCAUCAAGCAGAUCCUGGCGCUCAACGCCACGGCAGCCGAGGCCGCCGCACCCACCACCAGCAUCCUAGAAGACAUCCUCAACCUCAACAUGAGAAACCUCAUAGAUCUCGAAGGACCCGGCGUACUAGUCAUACAAAACUUCGCUAUACAAUUCGUCCUAGCCAUCAUAUUCCGAAACGUACACUUAGGACCACGACACGCAACCAUACAAAAACUCCUACCCAUGAGCUUCAUGGCGCCCUCCUUCCUAGCGAUGCUCCCGGUACCCCCACAACUGCUGCACCAUUCGCCGGUAUUCUCGACUUUACUACCGCUCUUCCUCGUCAAGUAUGUUCUCUGGUCGUCCGCCUACAAUGUGAUACAAGUGAUCUAUGCCGGCUACCAACAUGGCCGCCUCUUCGUCAGCAACUACGGCCUGUCAGCGCUAGUCGAAACAGAGUGGAUGCGACUGAACAUACCUUGCGUUCUGAGAGUAUUUUGGGUGAUGAGAGUCGCAGAACACGCGAUAUUGCUCCUUAUGGACAACUACGAAGAUGACGCUGAAGAAGGCCUCAAAGUGUCCACUCUACUCGCAGUGCAAUCCCUCGCGUCAAUGGCCAAGUCGCUCCUAGUAACUGGGUGUGAAACCAUCACAGCUGUUCUAGGCAUGACUUCAGUAAUCUCCUUCUUCUGUCACUACAUCGGCAACUUCUUCCAAUGGAUCCUGCUCACAGAUGAGGAGGAAGACAAGAGUAUAGGCGCGGUCUCCGCGAUCCUGUUCUACAUACUCGCUUUGCAGACCGGUUUGACCUCGCUCAACCCUGAAAAGAGAUUCGUCCGACUGUGCAGAAACUUCUGUUUAUUAUUCACGGCUUUGUUGCACUUCUUACACAAUAUCGUAAACCCUAUGCUGAUGUCGCUCAGUGCGUCACACAACCCGAGUACACACAGGCACGUGAGAGCGCUAGGUGUGUGCGCGUUUCUCAUAAUCUUCCCGAUCUCCUUACUGGUGUACUUAUGGUCUCAACAUACGAUAUCGACCUGGCUGUUAGCCGUGAGCGCUUUCAGCAUAGAAGUCAUAGUCAAGGUCAUAGUAAGUCUCAUGAUCUACUCGUUAUUCCUGGUGGACGCAUACAGAAGCACGUUUUGGGAGCAACUGGAUGACUACGUGUAUUACAUCCGCGCGUUCGGAAAUACGAUCGAGUUUUGUUUUGGGAUAUUCUUGUUCUUCAACGGAGCGUGGAUUCUGUUGUUCGAAUCUGGCGGAGCGAUUCGCGCUGUGAUGAUGUGCAUUCACGCGUAUUUCAACAUCUGGUGUGAGGCUAGGGCGGGUUGGUCGGUGUUUAUGAAACGUCGCACCGCUGUAAACAAGAUCAACUCACUCAGAGAAGCUUCCGUAGACCAACUGGACAGAUUAGAUGACGUAUGCGCAAUCUGUUAUCAAGAGAUGCAUUCCGCGAAGAUCACCAGGUGUAACCAUUUCUUCCACGGCGUGUGCUUGCGGAAAUGGUUGUACGUCCAGGACCGCUGCCCGCUGUGCCACGACAUACUGUACAAGAUAGACAGCGACGUGAAUAAAGACAACAAUUCCGAGGCGGGUAACGAGGAGAACAGCAACAACCAAAACCUUCUUCUAGAAGAAGAACCAGAUUUACUGCUAGGAGAGGGCGUCAGAUGACUCUUGGAGUUUGACGACGACGACUACUUUCUUUUAGUUUAAUUCUGUGUCAAGUCUAGAAAUCGGCGAUGUGAGUGGUAUUAAUUUGUAUAGUAAGUUAUUGUUUUUUUAUAUGAUUAUAUACUUAUAUAAAUCAGAUAUACCUGUGAUUCGAGUGGUUAUGUUGUGUGAGUGCGCCGCGAGCGAAGGACGCUGACUGUUCCCACUAAAUGUUUUGCGUUUAUUAAACUUAAAUAACAAAAAUUGCGAGUGAUUCUAUUAUAGCAAACAAAAUACAAAUAUACGAUAUGUUUGAAAUUUGUCAUAUAUUUAGAUGAAACAAAGCUAUUUGUAAAUAGUUAAGGUAUUUAGAAAUAGCUUUUAAUAUUCGAUUGUAACUUAAAAGAAAAUAUAAAAAUAGUAACUUUUCUCAUAAUAAACUGUAAAUAAACUAUUAUUUUAGUAGCAA